AUGCUGUUUCCACCGCGCAGCUCCACAUUUGAUGGAAAGGACAGCCCCAAACAGCAAUUUCAAAAGACAGGACCCUUGGAAGAUGAUGAUCUGGACUCAUGCAUCCAUUUAUCGCAGAGUUCCCUGGGUAAAUUACAAGAUGCGAUCCAAACUGCCAUAGAACAAUUGAAUUAUGAUACUGCCGAGUUUUUAUCCGAGUUGCUACAUGCGCAUUGCUGCAAACCAUUCGAGGAUGCUAACACUAUCACGCAAAGGAUAGCUGCCGCUUACUUAUAUUCACUGUCAUUAUUCUUGAAUCAAAAAUAUACAACUGCCAUGGAAAUUGCUAGGGAAGAGAGUCGGAAGAAUAUAGAUGUUGCGUUUAUUUUUGGUAAAUGUUCAUUACAAGUGAAUACAGAUACAAAGCUGGCCAUUCAGUCAUUGAUUGAUUUAAAAUCAAACAUUAACUUGAAUUCUAAUAGUAAUGGUACGACCGCAACGAACGCCACCAUGAAUACUUGCACUACAAAUCUCAUCCAUUCACCAGACAUGGCAACCAUAGACUCUCUUAUAGCGAAAUUAUAUUAUAAACUGGAUAGACAACAUGAGAGCGCUUUAUUUCAUUCAGAAGCUUUAAAUCAAAAUCCUUAUCUUUGGGAGUCCUAUACGGAACUGUGUAGUAUGAAAGUGAAAAUUGAUUUGAGGAAACUAUAUAAACAAACUUCUUCCUGGUCGUCGUCGUCAUCAUCAUCAUCAUCUUCAAAGAUAAAGAAGAAUACCGGUUAUCGGAAACUAAGAGAUUCAUCGGCAAAAGCGAUAACAGAUCCAUCUAUUAUACAAUAUCAUAAGAACAAAAAUUCUCCAUAUUCUAAACGAUUCAAUUCUACCCCAAGAAAGCCAACUCCAUUUAAUUUGUCUGUGCCAUGGUAUUCCUCAUUAUCUAACGAAUCAGCAAACCCUUCCCCAUUUGGAGACCAGGUAUCUACAACAAUUAAUAACAAUAAUACUUCUACUAAUAUUGGAAGUAAUAUUUUACAACCAAACACUAUAAUUGGAUGGCCUACAAAUUCUAAUACUCAUCCCAAUUUGAGAAAUAAUAGCCCCAUCACUGGCACGAAUAACACCUCUGUAUUGAUUAAGGGGAAUGCAUUAACAACAUCAAAUAGUAAUAGUACCGCUACUAGUAGUAACAAUACUGCAUCGGAUGAGACAUCUUCUUCAAAUUCUCCGUCAAUGAAACAGCCAACUAUAAGUUCUCUAGCAAAAGUUAAUACAAAUAGUAGGCACAGAUUAUUAACCACACCUCCAUCAAAAUUGAAUUCAACUUCCAACUAUAAGACUCCUAGAAAUAUAAAUAAUUCCAACAAUUCAAAUAACAAUUUAAGUUCAUCAAUGAGGAAAAAACUAAACUUAACCAGCUCUAAUGAAGAAACUAAUACUACCAGUAACAAUAAUAAUAAGGACUCAUUAAAUGACAUUUUAUACAUAUUCGCAUUAAUUUUGAAAUCGGCAUCCCAAUUUGAUUCAUAUAAGGCAAUACGAUUGUUCGAUUCCAAAUUACCAAAACAAAUUAAAAAUAAUAUGCCCUGGUGUCAAGCUCAAUUAGGUAAAUUACAUUUUGAAAUUGUUAAUUAUAAGACCUCAUUAAAAUACUUUAAAAAGUUAAGGUUAUUGCAACCAACGAGAAUUAAAGAUUUAGAAACUUUUUCCACUUUAUUAUGGCAUUUGCAUGAUAAGACAAAUUUAACUGACUUAUCAAAUAUUCUGAUGGAUGAAUUCAGAGACAAACCGGAGACUUGGUGUGCAGUAGGUAAUUUAUUCUCUUUACAAAAGGACCACGAUGAGGCUAUAAGGGCGUUCGAUAAGGCAACAAAAUUAGAUCCAAAUUUUGUUUAUGCUUACACUUUACAAGGUCAUGAAUAUCUGUCCAUGGACUCCUAUGACACGGCAAAGACUUUUUAUAGAAAGGCAAUCUCAAAUGACUUACAUCAUUAUAACGCAUAUUAUGGUAUGGGAAUGUGUUCUAUGAAAUUAGGUGAAUACGAACAAGCAUUAGUUUACUUUGAAAAGGCAAGAUCAAUUAAUCCAAGUAAUGCAAUCUUAAUCUGUUGUUGUGGUGUCACUAUGGAAAAAUUAGGAAACCAAGAAAAGGCAUUAAAUUAUUACGAACUGGCAUGCCAAAUACAACCUACAUCGUCGUUGGCUAAAUUCAAGAGAGCUCAUUUAUUAUAUUCUAUGGCAAAAUACACUCAGGCUUUGGAUGCAUUUGAAGAAUUGAUUAAAAUAGCUCCUGAAGAAGCUACCGUACAAUUCAUACUGGGCCAAUUAUAUCAAAUUAUGGGUAGGAAAAAGGAUGCAAUCAAGAGAUACACCAUUGCCAUGAAUCUGGAUCCAAAGGGCUCAAAUUUGAUCUCUGAUGCAUUAAAGAAAUGUCACGAACAAGAGGAAUAA